CCGGCUCCGCCAUGGUGGUGCCAGCGCGGCGCGUGAAGACGGAGUACAUGAAGCGCUUCAAGGAGCCCAAGUGGGAAUCGUGCGGCGCUUGCUACCUGGAGCUGCUGCACUACCGCCUCAGCCGCCGGCUCCUGGAGCAGGCGCACCGGCCCUGGCUCUGGGACGGCUGGGAGCAGGACAGCGGCGGCGGCAGCACCGCCGGGUCCCCUUCGCCGCCGGGCGCCGGCAGCCCCGCGGCCGCGCGGGAGGAGGAGGAGGCGGCGGCGGGAGCGGUAGCGCCGAGUGAGGCGGGACGGGCGAGCCCCGAGAAAGAAAAAGAAGAUCAAGAAAAGCAGGAGAAGGAAGAGCAAGAGAAAACUGUAGAACAUACUUCUGUAAAGGAAGCAGACAAAACCAGCCGUACAGGACGAUGUCCAAGUCGAAGUGCCUUGUCCAGUCGUAAUGAUCGAAAAUCAGCCAAAAGUCCCCAAAGGACAGAUGCACCAAAGGAGAAUAAACAUCCAUUUGCUCUGUACGGGUGGGGAGAAAGACAGAUGGAUACUGGGAGCCAGAAAACUCACAACGUUUGUGCUUCUGCUUCAGUGAAUGAAAUUCACGAAUCUGCCCUACGAGCAAAGAACAGGAGACAAGUGGAGAAAAGGAAGCUCGCUCAGAGGCGAGUGCGAUCAGCAGAGGCCGAAAACACUUGGCGAACAAAGCCCUCCCCACCAGACAACCCCUGGAUGACAGAGUACAUGAGAUGCUACUCAGCAAGAGCUCUCUGAACCUGGAUUCCCUUAGGCAUCCUCAGAAGAAGUUACGCAUAUCAGGACACUGGUGCAAGGAACCAAACCACUUAUGCAAGGUUUUUAUAGGGAGUUUCCAGCUGUUAAAAUAUUUGUUACAAUGUUUUUAUCUUGGCUACCUACCUCACAGUGGGGUGUAUCCUUGGAGCCAUAACAUUUUAAGAGGCUUUUAGAUAUAACUACCCAAACUCUUAAACACUUCCCCUUUUGGGAAUUUUUCUAAUGCUUCGGUUAGUUUGUUUUGAGGGUGGG